UCGUCACCGGCCAUCACCCACAACACGCUCGUUUGUUUACAGCCGGCGGUGAUAACGUGUGCGUAUGUUGACCAUAAUGAUAAUAUUAUUAUUACAACAAUAAUAAUAUUGAAAUAAAGUCAAGUCGGACGAUUGUUACACGACUCGAAUUGUUCGAGCAGCCGGUUUGGUUCGGACGUUCAGGUGGAGGCUACAUUUUUUUCUCGCCACCCCCGCUGAGUGCCCCACCCACCGCCUGUCACUACGGGCGCAAAUAUUUUCUUUUCUCCCCGUAGCACGCACUCUCGCACGCGCAGGCACCGACCGCACGCACGCGCACGAGCACAAGCAGGCGCGCGUUUUUACCCGCCGCUUUUCUAACGCCGUGUUCGCCGAAAAUAUGAUAGUGGCGAAGACGACGACAACGACGACGACAACGAUUCUAUUACCGCACCGACACGCCGAUGCCGACGACGACGCCGUACGCGCGACGACGAUCCGUCGGCCAAGUUGCUGAUCUGCCGCCGCCUCCACAGCGAAGACGAUGCGCGGCACGACCAUUGUCCCGYCGGACGACCGCCCGUCGUGAACCUUGUGCCGUUGCUGUUGCUGCUGCCGCCGCCGUUGCCGUCACUGCCGAUCGCAACACCACUGCGGACGCUCGGGGCACGGUCGCCACUAUUUUUCCUUCGAUGUCCCGGACACCAGUCUCCAUGAAAUGCGCCAAGAUGUCGCCGUCAUGGAUUUGUGUGAUGCUUUGCUGCACCGUGAUGAUGUCGCUCGUGAAUGCUUAUCCAAAUUUGAUAUAUACAACGUCGAAAGAUAUCCGAAUGGCUAAUAUGUCAAAAUCGACCAGGAUUAAUGUUAUAGUUAAAGAUCUUAUUGAAGGAAGUGCACUUGAUUUCUAUUAUAAAGGAUCUUUGAUAUGCUGGGCUGAUCAUGGUCAAGAAUCUAUUCAAUGCGUAUCUUACAAUGGAACUCAUGCUAGUAACAAAGUGGCAAUAUUAAAUACUGGUAUUAUUACACCAGAUGGUUUAGCUUGUGACUGGCUUACUAAAAAAAUAUAUUGGACUGAUGGAGAUACUAAUAGAAUUGAAGUAGCAUCAUUAGAUGGUAAAUAUAGAAAAGUGCUUUAUUGGGAAGAUAUUGAUCAACCACGUGCUGUAGCUUUAGUUCCUAUGGAUGGCAUUAUGUUUUGGACGGAUUGGGGGGAAGUUCCAAAAAUUGAACGUGCAGGAAUGAAUGGAGAUUUAUCUACACGAAAAGUCAUAGUUAGUGAUAACAUAUUUUGGCCAAAUGGCUUAACUAUAGAUUUUCAUACCAAACACAUCUACUGGGUUGAUGGAAAACUUGGUUUUAUUGAUAUAAUGGAUUAUGAUGGGAGAAAUAGAAAAACUAUUCUUGAAAAAGGAAUACCAUAUCCAUAUGGUAUAGCUCUAUAUCAAGAUAGACUAUAUUGGACUGAUUGGAAAACAUGGUCGAUUCAUGUAGUAGAUCGCAGAGGAGGUGGAAAUAGCCGUGAAAUUAUACAUAGUAAUAAUGUACCAAUGGAUAUCCGUGUAUGGAAUUCUGCUCGGCAGCCAGAAAAAAUUACUCUGUGUGAUAAGAAUAAUGGAGGUUGUUCAGAUUUGUGUCUUCUUUCACCCAAUUCCCCUGGAUAUUCAUGUGCUUGUUCCACUGGAAUAAAGCUUUUAGAUCAUCAUAAUUGUGCUGAAGGUGUCCAAGAAGUUUUGUUUCUUGUACAAAAAACUGAUAUCUAUCAAAUAUCAUUAGAUUCUCCAGAUCAUACUAUUAUGUCUAUACCUCUUACUGGUUUAGCUCAUGCUAUUGCCAUUGAUUAUGACCCUGUUGAGGGGUAUAUUUAUUGGACUGACGAUGAAAUUAAAAUGAUUCAACGAGCAAAAAUGAAUGGUAGUAAUCAAGGAGUUGUUAUUUCAAACGAGAUAUACCAUCCAGAUGGAGUAGCCAUUGACUGGGUUGCAAGAAACUUAUAUUGGACAGAUACAGGAACAGAUAGGAUUGAAGUUGCUAGAUUAAAUGGGAAACACAGAAGAGUUAUAGUUGCUAAUGAUUUGAUAGAACCUCGAGGUGUUGCUGUAGCACCUGAAUUAGGUUGGCUAUUUUGGUCUGAUUGGUAUGACAAACGACCAAAAAUUGAGCGCUCCAAUUUAGAUGGAAAUGAAAGAAUAGUAUUACUUAAAGAAGAUUUAGGAUGGCCAAAUGGAAUAACUUUGGAUAUUAGGUCGAGAACCCUUUAUUUUUGUGACGCUAAAACUGAUAGAAUAGAAGUUGUUGGUAUGAAUGGAGAAGACCGUAAAGAACUCGUGAGUGAAAAUUUGCCCCAUGUCUUUGGUUUGACUCAAUUGGGCGAUUACCUUUAUUGGACAGAUUGGCAGCGUCGUACAAUUGACAGAGUUAAUAAAAAUACUGGAUCUGAUCGAAAAAUUAUCAUAGAUCAAUUACCAAAUUUAAUGGGUGUUAAAGCUGUGAACUUAAAAGAGCCUCUUAAUGGCAACCCAUGCGGUGAUAAUAAUGGAAAUUGUAGUCAAUUUUGUUUUUAUAAACCUAAAGGCUACUACAUUUGUGCGUGUGAAAUAGAUUAUGAAUUGGCUAUGGACGGAAAAACUUGCAUAUUGUCUGAAACAUUUCUACUAUUUACUCGAUUCGAACAUAUUGGUAUAUUAAGUACUGAAAAUAGUCAUUAUUCAGAUGUUAUUCCUAUAGCUGGAUUGAAAGAAGCUGGUGCUGUCGAUGUUGAUAUCAAGAAUAAACGAGUUUAUUGGACCGAUAUCAGAUUAAAAACAAUUAAUAGAGUUUACUUAAAUGGGUCAAUGGCAGAAAGGAUUAUUACAUUUGGCCUACAAACUCCUGAGGGAUUAGCUGUUGAUUGGAUUGGUGGUAACUUAUACUGGUGUGAUUCUGGUACUAAGCGAAUUGAAGUGUCUAGAUUAGAUGGAACUAUGCGUAAAGUUUUACUUUGGAAUGACAUAAAAAAUCCAAAAAAUUUAUUACUCAAUCCUAAAAAGGGGUUCAUGUAUUGGAGUGAAUUUGAUGGAAUUACUGGUUCAAUUCAUAAAUCAUCAAUGAAUGGUGAAGGGAAACAUUGUUUGAUAAAUAAAAUUGGUAGAGUUAUAAGUAUUACUUCAGAUUAUGACAGUGGUUUGAUUUAUUGGACAACAUUGACACCAAAUAGUGGAUCCAUUGAAAGUAUUGAUUUGAACGGAAGACGUCAAAGUAAAAUAGUCUCUAUACCUUUUGGUAGUUAUCCUUCUGCAAUAACAUAUUUCAGGGGUUCUUUAUACUGGUUAGAUUGGACGAAUGGUACUUAUUUCCAAGUCGAUAUUCAAAGUGGUAUAAUUUUAAAGCAAACUAAAAUAAACUUGGAUCAUGUUACGGAUUUGAUAACCUAUGAUAAAUUAAGUCAAACCGGAACAAAUCCAUGUGCUAUAAAUAAUGGAGGAUGCCAACAAUUGUGUCUUGUAAAAGGAUCAAACAAAGAUAAUGAACCAUUGCCAUAUCACUGUUCAUGUGAAACACAUUUCACAUUAUUUAAAAAUAACACUUGCUCUGCACCAAAUAGUUUUUUGAUUGUGGCGCAAAAAACGACAUUUUAUAGAGUGGUUAUGGAUAUAGACGAUUCUUCUGAUUCUUCACUUCCCGUCAUAGGAUUGAAAMAUGUAAAAGCAGUUGAAUAUGAUCCAAUAUCACACAUGAUUUAUUGGAUUGAUGGUAGAACUCAAAUGAUUAAACGUUGUCAUGAGAAUGGUUCUAAUCCAAAUAUGUUUAUUGGAAACAAUGGAAAUGCUUACAAUUUAUAUGAUCUUGCCUUAGAUCCAUAUAAUAGAUUAUUGUUUUGGACUUGUACUAUAACAGAUACUAUAAACGUUACUCGUUUAACAAAUAGCAGUUUCCAAGGAUCUAUAUUUAAAAGUUUUGAUGGGGAAAAACCAAGAAAUUUGGCAAUUCAUCCCGAGAAAGGUUAUAUUUAUUGGACUGAUUUGGGAAGUCAACAUAGAGUAAUAAGAUCCCGCAUUGAUGGUCAUCAUAGAGUUAUCAUUGCCUCAGAUUUAUUAUCUCUCGAAGCACUUACAGUUGACAGAGUACAAAAUAUGGUUUAUUUUUCGUAUUCAAGUAAAGUAGAUGUUUGUGAUCUUCAUGGUUAUCAGAGGAAAACGUUGAUUUCAUUUGAUGGUGCACAAAUCACUAAUAUAGCUGUUCUUGGACCAUAUUUAUAUUGGAUUGAUAAAGAAAAACAAGCAAUAGAAAGAGUUAAUAAAUCCACUGGUUUUGUAAGUGAAGGAGGCACUGUCAUGAAUCAAACUCCUCAUUUAAUAGACAUAAUCGCUAUAUAUAUUCCUACUCCAGAGAAUUUAGCAUCGCAUCCUUGCAGUGCAAUGAAUAAGCAUGGUCAGUGUUCACACUUGUGCAUUGUCACUGGAGUUAACGAGAGUACGUCCAACAACCAUCAAUGCUCUUGUCCCAUAGGUCUUAUAAUGAGUGACCGCCAAUGUGUGAAUGUACCAGUUUGUGGCCCUGAACAAUUUAUUUGCAAUUCACUGAGUGCCGAGUGUAUGCCAUUGAUAUGGCGCUGUGAUGGCCAAACAGACUGCCACGAUGGUUCAGAUGAAGUCAAUUGUUCAGAGUGCAAUAUACAUCAGUUUAAAUGUUUAGAUGGCCAUUGUAUAGAUAAAAACUGGGUGUGUGAUGGUACUAAACAGUGUUCUGAUGGUUCAGAUGAAUCUCGGUGCUGUGAAUCUGGAUUGCUUUCAAAUGAUAGAUAUCAAUGCAUUUCUAAUGGUGCAUGCAUACCGGUUAAAGAAGUGUGUGAUGGUUGGAAACAUUGUAUCGAUGGAUCUGAUGAAACUUAUUUGGCUUGCUCAUUGAUUAGAAAUGUGGGCCAUACCACAAGCUCCACUAACGAUAAAUCAUUCAAAGGCACAUUGUUUUUCACAAUAAUUUUCUUUGUAACAGUAUUCAGUUUGUUGUUAAUCAUAAUAUAUCGUUGUGCUAAAAGUGAUCUAGACCAUACUCCAAGUCUAACUAGCAAUAAUAUAGUUACAUACACACCUAUACAUAUUCCCAGGCAAUAUUCUUCAACAUCCGCUUAUACGGCUAUGCAUAAUGGAACACAUGUUGACUUAAUCUCACCGUCAAACUGUAGCCCCCUUAAUCCACCACCAAGUCCUACAACCACACUAACAAUGCAAACAAAUGAUUACAUCCGAUCAAAUCAAUACUUGCGAUAUGAUGAACGUUACGAACCUCCUUGCCCGACAUUGUGUUCACAAACUGAUUUGCCCACCGAUAUUUAUGAUGAUUCAGAUUUUGCAUUACCUCUUGAACCAUGUCCUCCACCUCCUACUCCUCGAUCACAUUCGCCAUCAUCCAGCACUUAUUUUAGCCCAAAUGCACCGCCCCCAUCACCUAAUAGCUGUAAAAGGCUUUGUUGAAUAUUUAUUUUUAAUAAUCAUUGAAUUUUAUUAAAAUUUUGUAAAUUGUUGUUUUAUUCAUUGUUUGUAACAAUUUUUAGAAUGCAAUAUGUUUGUUCUAUUUAUCAUACACACUAUGAUAAAUUGAUAUCCUACUUAGGUUAAGUUUUUAAAAUAAUAUUGUAAGCGUUUUUAAAUAACUAAGUUUAUUUGUACAUAUAUAUUUUUAUUUUGUGACCUGAGCAUUGCCAUAACAACAAAUGAUUAUUUUUAAGA